ACACAUCACUGCCGCCAUGAGAGCAUCGCUUACUGACACCAUCGUGUGCUCACUUCAAUAAGAAUUCUAGGAUUCCAGUAAAACAAUUUAAUAUUCUACGCGUCUACACCGUGCGGUUUUGUGUUUCUUUUUCGUUUGUACAUACAUAAACUCGAUUGGAUUUGUAUUUUAAACCAUUCACUCUUCCUCAACGUUUUUCCUCUUUGAUCCUCAGAUUUAAGUUCUCGGAUUUUGAGUACUUUCUAUUGUGUUUUUAUUUUGUUUUCUUAAUUUUUUUUUUGUAAAAUCUGUUGAUGAGGCAUAUUAUUGCUGUAUAAACGAAAUUACACAUGUUUCGACGAAACACUUUGACGCCAGGCAAGGGGCGAAUGAGCCUGGAUAUGUUUUCGGCAAACGAUUUCAUUACCUGGGUGGACGGAAUUAAACAGAAGGCAAACCAGGGUGUGAAUUCUCCUUCCGUAACAAAUUCACAACAGUCCAAACAUCAUCGGCCCUCACGUCUUUCUUAUGUUCAUAUCUGGGAUGAAGACGCUGACGCCUCUAUGUCCAGUGAGGUACACCAGACAUUCAUUUCUAAUGAGACCGAGGAAGAUGAAAUGCAAGACCAUACUCUUUCGUACUCUCCCUCUCAAAUACAUGAAACUGAGCCCUUUGCCGAAUCAUUUUCCAGCAACAAUAGUUCCCUAUCCACCGCCGCAGCCAUUACUGCCUUUGCACAAAAGUCCAGGGAAGAACCAAUUACUGACGUUAUUGAGAUCGAUAGCGAAGAGUCUAUUCACUACGAUAUCGAGACUCGCGAGCCGUCCCUCGACAGUCCCGAAUCAACGUUCUUCCAACAAAGGACAAAAAACUUCUUAGAGGUUUAUCAUGAAGAUGAAACCUUAAAAUCAAUACACAAAACACCUACACGAGAAAAUUCAACAUCCUCCCACUCCCCGCACUCAGAUGCCUCUCUUCAUGAGAGCACAAACAUUUUCCUAGAUCAUGAACGACCUGCACACCCUCUCAUAAGUGAUGACGGUGAAUUGGAAAGCCAAGAAUUUGCAAGUACACUAAAGAGUUUUGCGCGAGGGAAGCUUUUGGACUAUGAUGACUCGUUAGUCGAAGUGGAAGAUACAUUUUCCAGGUUACAAAAAGUCUCAAACAUUUCUCUUCAUUACACUACCGACUCCGUUCACUUGGAUGAGGACGAGGAAGAUUUCGUGAAAGAAACUCGCUCUGUCACAGCGUCUUCAUCCUCUCAUUACGAGGAACGUGCUAGUGGAUUCUACGACGAAGACGAUGUUGAAAACAGGGAGAAUGAGUAUGAGGUUGAGGAUGAUCCGGAGGCUUCGCAGUUUCUCGCAUUUCUUCAAGAAAGCCAUACUCUAGCAUCACCCAUGGCGGUCGGCACAAAGCGAUCUCAUGCCUCUGUUGAUGUCUCUUUCACGGACAUUUACCUUGAAGAUUCUUCUCAUAACGAGCUAUAUAAUCAUGAAGUCGCGAUUCCGAGAGCUCUUCGAAAGCGGCGACGCCAACGGUGACACACGGAAGUUCCUUUUUUAAACAAGCAAACCGACUUAGGACUCCUCCGCCUAAAACGAAAAAACAAAUUUAGAACGUCACCAGGCAUUGCAAUUCUUGUGAAAAAUCUCUUCCCUUCCCCAAAACAAUUGAGCAAUUUGAUGGGUUCAAAUAACCUUUCAAUAGUCUCGUCACACCGUUUACGGAACCCCGUUGAAAUACUCUCAAUACACACAUUAUUGUACACUUUAUUAUAAAUUAAUAACGAGGGGGUUGCUGUUUUGUACGAUUACGAAAAAAAGGAUGCGUGAUACAAUUGUACAAUGGAAUACAUCGCUCAUUUAACAUCAUUAUGUAGGAAAAAAGAACAUAAGUUACAAAAAAUGAAAGAGAAGAGUGAAGAGACUCAUUUUGUGCCAAAACCAGCAGUCUCUUCAAUAGCAAGCGUUAGUUUGCGAUCUAGCUGCUGCUUUGUUUGAUACGGCGGAAGGUCAAGGCGAUUAAAACUGAAACAGGUUAGUAAUGAAAUAAAUUCACAAAUCUGAUCACGUACCAUGUAUGAGCAUGAGGG